AUGUUUGCCAUUGUCUUUCAGACAUUAAUAUCAUCAGUAAAUACCACGACUACACUCUAUUCACAAGUGACUGGUACAGCACUCAAUUUGAACUGGACAUAUUUUGGCGAAAUAACAACUGUUGCAAUCGAGACUAACAAUCUCGGAACAUCCCAAUGGCUCGGCAUCGGCUUGUCGCUUGAUGAUAGAAUGGGCGAGGAUCAUGUAUUUAUGUGUCAACGCUUGAAUGACGAUACAAUUCAACUUCAACGUUUCAUCAAUACUGGUAGUUAUUCGUUUCCAACUAUAGUUACUGCUGAUUCAAAUUAUGGUGGCAUAUUUAAAGUAACACGAGUAGCUCUGAAUAAUGGUAUGGUCUACUGUGAAUUUACUCUAUCAAAUUUUACUACUACAGCCAGUCGACGAAGAAAACGGAGCAUUUCUUUACUUUCACAAAAUAUUCAAUAUCAUAUUCUUGUGGCUGUAGGACGUCUAGAUAGUUCAAAUUCAUUAAUACAACAUACCUCAGCAAGUGUGCUAACGCAAAUGAUUCAACUCAAUCAAUUAGGAACAGUAACAAUGAUAAAUUUUCAAAGUUUAGACGAUGACAGAAGAAAUUUAAUGCGAGCUCAUGGUAUUAUUAUGUUAUUUAUUUGGAUGCUAUUUAUUUCGACAGGUAUUCUUAUUGCUCGAUAUUUUAAACAGUCUUGGCCCCAGCGAAAACUUUGCGGUAAACCAAUAUGGUUUUUUGUACAUCGAUCAGUUAUGACUUUUGCUGCAAUAAUGACGAUGAUUGCAUUCACACUCAUUCUUAUAUAUAAACGAGGUACAUGGACUUCUCAAAAUCUAUCGCGUGAAUUUGUUCAUUCAAUCAUUGGAAUGCUUGUUGUUAGUGCUGCUUUUAUCCAACCGACGAUGGCUCUAUUUCGAUGUCAUCCUGAUCAUCAAUAUCGAUUUAUUUUCAACUAUGCACAUGCUAUAGUUGGCAUUGGUGCAUGGAUGCUCUCGAUUGUGACUAUUUUUCUUGCUACUUUAUUUCCUAUAUUUAAUUCUGUAAUGAACAAACCUUGGCGAAUUCUUGUGGCAUGGUUAUCGGUGGAGUUCGUUAUAUUGAUCGGCUUCGAGUGUCUUGAACUUUUCAACCGCAAGCAUUGGCCACUAUUUAACGUUAAAAAUGUAAACAAGUCUUUGGAAAUGAAUGUUGUCAAUAAUGGUAGCGAGUCUACAUCGAUUGAUGAUCGAUCAUCUUCAGAAAAUAUACUUAAAGAACGAAUAAAAACUUUCCUUCUUGCACUUCACAUUCUUGUAGCAUUUGGUCUUUCGCUCACGCUCGCUGUCGGUGUCGGACAAGUUUCUUAA